AUCUCAACCACCACUAGGGCCGCCCAUCCGUCACUAGCUUCCUCCUCAAGACCCCUAUUGGCGGCCUGGGUUUCGCCGGAGCCGCUUCUGUCCCCCUUCUCGCCCACCAUGUAGCCACCAAGCUUCGAUCUUUUAAGAGCUCUUCUUCUAAGCCCGUGAGGAGCUUCGCCUCUAUGGCGAAAAAGAGUGUCGGAGACCUCACUGCCGCCGACCUCAAGGGUAAAAAGGUGUUUGUUAAAGCUGAUUUGAAUGUCCCACUCGAUGAUAAUCAGAACAUCACUGAUGAUACUAGGAUUAGAGCUGCUGUUCCCACCAUUAAGCACUUGAUUAGCAAUGGUGCCAAGGUUAUUCUUUCAAGUCAUUUGGGAUGACCAAAAGGCGUCACUCCAAAACUUAGCCUUGCACCUCUCGUUCUUAGGCUAUCUGAAUUGUUUAGUGUCUCGGUUGUGAAGGCUGAUGACUGCAUUGGUCCAGAGGUUGAAAAGUUGGUUUCUUCACUACCUGAGGGCAGCGUUCUUCUUCUUGAGAACGUUAGGUUCUACAAAGAGGAAGAAAAGAACAAGCCUGAGUUUGCUAAGACUCUCGCAUCAUUGGCUGAUAUAUAUGUGAACGAUGCAUUUGGUACUGCACACAGAGCACAUGCUUCUACUGAGGGAGUUGCAAAAUUCUUGAAGCCCUCCGUUGCUGGUUUCCUUCUACAAAAGGAGCUGGACUAUCUUGUAGGGGCAGUUUCAAACCCUAAAAGGCCAUUUGCGGCAAUUGUCGGUGGUUCAAAGGUGCCCUCCAAGAUUGGAGUGAUUGAAUCGCUUUUGGAGAAGUGUGAUAUCUUGCUUUUGGGCGGAGGAAUGAUCUUCACAUUUUACACGGCACAAAGUCUUUCAGUUGGAUCGUCCCUCGUGGAAGAAGACAAGCUGGAUCUUGCAACAUCCUUUGUCGAGAAGGCUAAAGCCAAAGGAGUUAGUCUCUUGUAACCUUCAGACGUGGUUGUGGCAGACAAGUUUGCUCCUGAUGCGGAUAGCAAGAUUGUGCCGGCAUUUGGCAUCCCAGACGGCUGGAUGGGGUUGGAUAUUGGACCAGAUUCUAUCAAGACAUUUAAUGAUGCCUUGGAAACAAAAAAGACUGUUAUUUGGAAUGGACGAAUGGGAGUGUUUGAAUUUGAUAAGUUUGCUGUUGGCACAGAGGCUGUUGCAAAGAAGCUAGCUGAACUUAGUGGGAAGGGAGUUACAACUAUUAUUGGAGGUGGAGAUUCCGUUGCAGCUGUUGAGAAAGUUGGAGUUGCUGAUGUGAUGAGCCACAUAUCGACUGGUGGUGGUGCCAGUUUGGAGUUCUUGGAAGGCAAAGAGCUCCCCAGUGUCGUUGCCCUUGAUGAAGCUGUUCCAGUUGCUGUAGUGUUUGACGGGGUAAAAAAGAGUAGUCAUCACGAGAGUGUAAGCCCCGUUCGGUUAGUCCAUCCUGGGAUUGGACCAAGUGAAUAACUGUGGAUAGUCAGCCAAGACACUUCAGCAGGGUGGCUUUAGGGCUCCACACGUGUCUCAGCCCUUGCACAACGGCAAGAGUCACCGUGCUCAAGGUUACUCAUUCCUGAGUCUGCAUCUCGGCAGUUAGUGGCUCGGGGACUUCCCUGGGUCGGAGCCAAGCAAGAACUUGGUAUCAUGACCCAUUCACUUCAUCUCGUGGAUAUGGUGGAGUUUUAUUCAUCGUUUGUUAUUUAAAGUGUAUAUUAUUUUACUUAGCCACCGAUGUGGGAUUGUAUAAUUCCGUUGAUGGGCCACAAAUUUCAAGAACAGUCGGCCCAAGCCCG